AUGUCGUCUGUCGCCUCUUUCGCUCGUACCGGCAAGAAGAUUGUGGCCAUCGGCCGCAACUACGUUGACCACGUCAAGGAGCUGAACAACACUGUGCCCAAGGAGCCUUUCUUCUUCCUCAAGCCUACUACGUCUUAUCUUGCGAAUGGAGGCAAGAUUGAGAUUCCGAAGGGUGUUAUUGCCCACCAUGAAAUCGAAUUGGGGCUCGUGAUUGGCAAGACUGGUAGGGAUAUCUCACAGGAAGAGGCGGAUUCGUAUAUUGCGGGAUAUGCGUUGACGAUUGACAUGACGGCGAGGAACAUCCAGGAGGAAGUCAAGAAGAAGGGAUUGCCCUGGACCACGAACAAGGGUUUCGACACCUUUACCCCUGUCGGCGAUUUUAUUCCGAAGUCUGAAGUCGCGGAUCCACACAACCUCAGCAUCUGGAUCAAGGUCAAUGGCGAGAUGAGGCAGAACGCCGUUACUAGCGAAAUGAUCUUCCGCAUCCCUCGUCUUAUUGAACACGUCUCGUCCAUCAUGACUCUUGAGGAAGGAGACCUCAUCAUCACUGGCACACCUUCCGGUGUUAACCUCGUCGCUCCCGGAGACAAGAUCGAGGCUGGGUUGGAGGACGCUGGAACAAAGAAAGAGUUGGCGAAGUUGAACUUUGAGGCUGUAUCGAGGGAGAAGGGGUAUCAUUAUCAGGCGCUCUGA